AUGAAGAAGGCAUUCUUCACCAUGAAGAAGGCAGUGGGGGUAGGCCUACCCUUGGUGCUGAUUCUGGCUGUUUCCGUGUAUCUCAUCGGAACUUUGUCAUGGGAGGAGGAACAAUUGUCGAAACCCGGACACCGCGUCAUCAAAAGGUCCAUUUCAUUGCCGCAUGCUGAUCUUCACGAAGUUCUCAGGACAGCGGCUUCUGAACACGCCCCCGAAUACGUGAAGAACCACGCCCUUGUUCAAGACGCCCUCCGAGCAGCUGCUGGUAAGGACGCCCCUGACUACCUGAAGAACCGGGCCGUUGGGCAGGAACCGCUCCAAGCAGUAGCUGCUGACGAAGACGCCCCUGUCUACGUGAAAAACCCCGCCAUUGUUCGAGAUGUCCCCAGGGCAGAAGCUGCGGAAAACGUCUACGUGAAGAACCCGGAGAUUGUACAAGAAGCCCCACGAGCAUCAGCUGUUGAAGACGCCCCUGCCUACGUGAACAAACUCGCAAUUGUUCGAGAUGCCCCCCGAGCAGAAGCUACCAAAGACGUCUACGUGAAGAACCCGGAGAUUGUACAAGAAGCCCCCCGAGCAGCUGCUGCCGAGGACUCUCUUGACUACUUGAAGAACCAGGCUCUUGUUCAAGAUGCUCUCCGAGAAGCAGCUGCUGAAGACGCACCGACUGACGCCAAGGACAAGCGCUUCGUCCCCGCCAUUGCGAAUCUUGCUGGGCAGCUUUUUUCAUCAGAAGGUGGCUUCGACGCAGACAAAUUGACAGAGACGAUCAAGAAGCUGGGCAGUAUGGAGAACAUGGCACCGGACAUCAUGGCCCAAAGUGUGCAGCAUGAGGCUGAAGUCGAGGCACAAGUGGAAAAACAGGUUGCUCAGGAAACGGUUGAUAAAAUACUUGGAACAUAUGAACAUGACAAGAAAGAUGCAGAUGGCGAUGGUGAUGAUGAUGGUGGCGGAGGCGGCGGUGGAGAUCAUGAGAUCAAGGCUGAGGUGGACUUUGUUGCAGACAAGGGUAUGGUACAGGAUGACAUGUUCGCUCCACCAGGAUUGCACAUGAGGGUAGACGUUGAGCAAGACCCCGGGAAGGACGGCGAACCCGAUCAAAGCUCUCAACCAAUGGCGUACGGCUAUCCCGUGGGGAUGGGCGCUGCUCUGAUGAACGGCUGUUUCGGGACAGGAUACAAAGCAGGAGAUCCGUGCUACAACGUCAGGGACGUCAUCCCGGCAUGUUACAACAUGAUGGAGGGGUGUGGCUACAUCGGGGUUGGCUUCGAUGGUCGCGGAGACUACAGCAGCACGUCAAGAAGGAAAUCAGUCGUGCAGCGGAACUGUAAAAACCUGGCUACGUAUGAAAUCUUCCUGGAUGAAAUCUCGCCGGAUACCCUGAGUCUGCCCUUCCUGAGGGACUUCUUGGCCCUUCCGACUAAUUUCAUCCUUGGGAAAUUAGCGCUUCAAAAGUUCAUCAUCCGCUAUGGGACCCACUUCAUCAAGUCAGCAAAGUUCGGUGGUUCCUUCAGACUGUUCAAGACUCAGGAGGCUUCCAAGACUGAAAGUCUUGAAGACUUCUCCAUUCAGGCCCAGGCCUCUUACAAUUCUCUUUUCUUCAACGCCGGAGGUCACUUUGGAGUUGGAUCUUCCAAGGGAUCAUCCCAGUCUGAUAAGACUUCCAGCACCCACGUGACAGUGGAAGGAGGCGACCAGGAAGUUGCCUCCAUCGUCGCUGACUUCUACUCAACCGGCUUCAAGGACACCUUCACCGAGUGGCUAAAGUCCAUCCCCACCUACCCCAAACCCAUCGAGAUGUUCAUGGGCACCAUGUCAGAACUCCUCAACUUGAACUACAAACUUCUCUUCCCUUUUGACAUCACGGAUGUUGCAGACGGAUGCUUCAGCCAAAGCCUCAAGACCGAGGAAGGCACGGGAAGGAAGUAUUAUGAGGUCGGUAAAAUGGUGAACAACAGCCAAGGAGUGAUGAAACCAGUAAAAGAGAAACGGUACUGUGACUUCACAUCUGCAGAUAAGUUUGAAAAAGAAAUGGACAAGAAACGACUGGCGCUGGAAAGGGCGAUUGCUGUUUACAUGGAAGAGGGACCAGUACCCACCACGGAUUUCCGUCUAGAGGGGGGCAAACCUGGAUGUACUUCUCAGGCCUUGAAGGUCAAGGGGGGUAUCUCUGGUACUACCUCCCCCACAUGGAUGGAACUCAUCAACGGGGACACGUAUAAGCUCAUCUUUGAUCUUCCUGAAAACAUCAACGACGACAUUACGAAGAGCAAAGAAGUCUUCUUGGUUUUUGCCUUACAAAGAUGGAACUGCCAUGCGCCCGGGGCCGAAGUGCACAUGUACAACAGCCGAAACAAUGGUGAAAGUGGUGACACCAGAAAGAAAAAGGUCUCCUGCUAUGGUUUUGUGAUGACAUACCAGGAAGCAUCCGGGACGUUUAUUGUCACACAAGAAGAUCAAGACGCUUCCACGCAGGUUUUGGGGCGGUUACCUCGCAGCUACGUAGACUGGACUGUUGCCAGAGCCGAAUAUGUCAGCCCGAUGGAGCACGCCCGGGCAACAGGUGGUGCUUUAGCGAAUAUCGUUCAGGCUCCCUGUCAUGUGAAGUGGUCCAACUCGUACCAGAUCAAACCUGCGGAAGAGGGAGGAAGGUGCCUGUACUUCGUUGCGGCGUCUGCAGGCGACAUUUUUGCCGUGUUCUCCGCCAUUCCGAGGGACGUGUCCACCUGGUACCAUCUCCAGAUCAGUUAUCAAGGUGUUGCUCUCUACAAGGGAAUGAAGCUAGUGAAGUACGAGGGAGCGAAGAGUGCCCGAAGUCUCGGUGACUCCAAAUUGUUCCAGCCUUACUUCAUUUGCCUGGAGGAAGACGCAGAGAUGAUGAGAACCUACAUCAAAUACGGCGUCGGCUCGGACACUUCCGAGACAGGCCUGGUCUACAUGGUCUACAUUUAUCAGGGUCCACCAUUGGGCAUUCGCUUCUACUCCUUCGGCAGCGGUGAAAAGCCAGUAGAGAUCAUGGACGCUCGAGUCAUCGAGGGAGGGGCAACCGGAGACAUGGAAUGUACAGGAGGAACUGUACUGAAGGACGGGAUAUGUGUUGAAGACUGUCAUCCCGAGUGUAACGGAUGUAUUCCAACGUCUCCUGGAUCCAAGCUCAAUACGGAAUGCCGCUCCUGCAAGCACGUUUCCUUCAAGAACGAAGCGGGAAGAACCGAGUGCAUCGCAGAAUGCCCAACCGGGACCCAACCUGCUGGCGUCGAUGGAAGGACUUGCUUGGGUGUCAAUGUCGCCAUGGGUAAGACAGCGUACCAAAGCAGCACCGGAACUGGACCUGCUAGCCGGGCCGUAGACGGGAUCACCGACGGCGACUUUGAGUCUAGCUCCUGCUCUCACACCAAGUUAGACACCGGAGAGCCUUACCCGAGUUGGUGGGUGGAUCUGGGACAACCGAUGCAGAUUGGCAGGGUGGUCAUCUGGAACCGCAUGGACUGCUGCUCGGAUAGAAUCAACGACUUCAACAUCCACAUCGGCAAUAACACACAGGUGAGCCUGAACCCCAAGUGCGGUGGCAACCAUAGAAUCGAGGACCUGGGACAGCAGAAAAUCACCAUCAAUUGCCCGGGGAUGUGGGGACGGUACGUGGGCGUGCGUCUCCCCGGGUACAAGCGAAUUCUGAGCCUGUGUGAGGUCCAAGCAUUUGCCGCCCUAGUCAUGCCGAACACACGGCUCUCUCGUAAGAGGAAACGGCAGAACACGCCCAAGGACCCUGAAGACCCGCCCAGAGACCCCAAGAAUCCGUCCAAAGACCCCAAGAAGUCGCGCAAAGAUUCCAAGGACCCUACCGACAACACAUGA